AUGCACUCAUCGACGAGGGUCACGUUGCCCGCUGCAUUUGAGGUCGCCGAGAUAGAUGAUCUUGCUCUUCUCAUAGCUAAUAUGCUUGAACGAUUGAUCGCUCAUAAUGACAAGAUACCACUUCUGCCAGUCCUUACCCGAUUUCACUCGAGAACUGUACCAAACAUCAGCGUCCUCGAUUAUCUCCGACGCAUAAUCAAAUGGACAAAAGUCGAGAAAUCAUGCCUCCUCCUCACCCUACACUACGUCGACCAAAUCUGCGCUCGCAUGCCCCUCUUCACCCUCUCCUCCCUCACCUGCCACCGCUUCAUCAUCGCAUCCAUCACAGUCUGCAGCAAAGGCCUCUGCGACUCCUUCUGCACAAAUGCCCUCUACGCCCGCGUAGGCGGCAUCCCCGUCCCAGAACUAAACGUCCUCGAACGCGAAUUCCUUCGUGCAAUAGACUGGCGCUUAAUGUGCACCCGAGAAGUCCUUCAGGAAUAUUACAUCAACCUCAUCAGGACGGAUAGCUCGGGCCGCUUUGCAUUGGAAUCGGAGGUGGAGGAUAGUGACAUGGAUAGCGUCUCAUCUCGCUCCGCGUCCCCUAUGGACGCUCAAGUCCGCCAUCGCCCGUCAUUUAGCCUCUUGGGCACCCGCGAGUCUUCGAGCGUUAUAGGAGACACUUCGACGCUCCCUACUAUCGAACAGAACAUGGCGUUUGCUGCUUUGCAGCAUUCGUUGAAGAAACCCCCAUAG